GGCGAGCGGAGGGCGCGCUGGGUGAUGAGUUGCCGCAGGGGCAGGGGGCCGAGCAGUUGCUGCCGGCGCCUGGAGACUCUGACAUCUGGCGUCCCUAGGGGUCGAGGGACCCUCGGGAGGGCAGCAACGAGGACCGUUUGGCCGCUGCUUGUCCCUGUGAUCACCCUCUGUCCUCGCCAUUGGCGUGCGACGCCCGCCAUGGAAGCGCAUCGGGCCGCCACCGAGGCCUCCGGGCGCCGGGGCCCCGGCUCCCCGGAGCGAUGAGGGGGUAGGGGCGCCCCGCGGCCCGCCUGCCUCCCGCGCUCCGGCCGCCCCGGACAGAAGGAGGGUCGGGUGGGCGGUCGGUCAGCGCCGCCGUGCCCGCCCCGCCCCCUGGGGGCGCUGCCGAGGGGCGCCCGCCCGGCCGCUGAAGCCCGGGACGCGCCGCCCGCCCGCGCCCUCCGCCCCCCAAGAUGUGGCAGAACGUCGGGCUGACCGUGCUCGUGUUCGUGGCCACGCUGCUGAUCGUCCUGCUGCUGAUGGUGUGCGAGCACUCACUCUAAUGACAGGAAACAAUGUCUCCUGAACCCUAGAGGCUCCCUCACCACCGAGAGUGCCCUGCUGCUCACGUCUGCUACUUCCCUCAGUCAGUGCACAGAGGAGUGACCCGUGCUGCGGCCUGGCCUGGAGGCUUUGAGCAGAAAUAUGACUGAUGAGCUGGCAAAGUCCUGGAUGCUAAAUAUUUGGAUUCACUAGCUUUCAAUAUGUGAAAAUGGAAUAUAAAAGGAAGUUAAAACAAGCUCAGCAUUUUACAACCUUAGCUUCAGUGCAGGUUUCAAGGUCUAUAGAAAGAGACAGUCGCUUUAUUGUAUUUGGAGAAUGAAAUAGUUUUGCAAAGGAAAAAAGAUAAAACAGAACCAGCCAGCACUGGCAGAGCCAUUGCAGCAGGGCGCCACGGACAUGGACCAAGGUGCUUUCCAACCUUCAGUCACCCUCCCUGUCAAGAGGUGGACCAGAUGCCCCCAGAAGCUGCAGCACUUGUGUCUAAGCAGCCUGAGGCCUGCGUCAGAUGCAGCCAUCCCAGAAUCGUUUGUUUCCUGCUGUCUCUGCGAGCUGGUCUCUCCUGCAUGUGUGACUUCCACAGUUGUUUUCCAGCCAGCCUGAAGCUGCAAACUUGCUGGGAGGCACAUACUAUCCAGACCCUGAGAAAUCAAGGGAGACAUCAGUAAAGCUAUGUGGAUUCCACCCCUCCAGCAGGACCUGAGGGUCUGGGAGCAGAGGCCAGAUGGACCCUUGAGUGAAGAGAAGUCUUCCCUAAGCCCAGAUGCCACCCACAUGUUGUGGCCUGUCCCGGCAGGCACCCUGCAAAAGUGGGUGGAGUACCUGGUGCCCACUGUCACGCGUGGCAAUGACUCCUAUGUGCACACGUUUUUGCUAAGCUACAGGAACUUCGCCACUCCCCAGCAGGCGCUGGAUCUGCUUUUCCACAGAUACAGAAGCAUCAUUUCGGAUUAUCAUGGGGAUGGCGGACCCCUGGAGCAGCUAAAAUGCGCCAUGUCCUCCAUCCUAAAGAUCUGGCUGGAAUUCUAUUCCAUUGAUUUCCACGAGCCUCCUGAAUUUCCUUCUUUGAAGUUUCUGUUGGCCUAUAUACAAGUCAAUCUGCCAGGUUCAGAGGUGGAGCUCAAGGCUGAUCUUCUGGCCCAGCUGGAGAAACUGGAGCACCUGGAGCCCAGUGAGGCGGAGACUGAGUGUGAGGAGGAAGAGGUUGUUGUCACUCCAGUUCCAGCUUCUGCCCAGGCUGAACAACUGUCCCAAGAGCUAAAGACAUCUUCAGCUCCAGCGCCAGCUCGACCUCCACUUCCAGAGCCAGAGCCUGAGCAAGAUCCGGAGCCCAAGCCAGAGCAAGAGCAAGAUUUAGAGCCAGAACAAGAGACAGAGCCUGACUCAGAGCAAGAGCCAGAGCCCAAGCCAGAGGAAGAUCAAGAGCAGGAGCAAGAUCCAGAGGAAGAGAAAGAGUCAGAGCCCGAGCCCGAGCCCGAGCCCGAGCCAGAGCCAGAGCCCGAGCAAGAUCCUGAGCCUCUAACCACGUGUGGCUAGUGAGCAAAUGAAAUGUGACUAGCCUGAACUGAGACGUGCCAUUAACUAUAGAAUACAUACCAAAUUUCUCAGAUUUUUUUUUUUUGACCAAACCCCCGGCACGGUGUGGUCUGCACCACGCUCAGCCAGUGAGCGCACCGGCCAUCCCUAUAUAGGAUCCGAACCCGUGGCCUCGGCACUACCAGCGCCACACUCUCCCAAGUGAGCCACGGGGCCAGCCCUAAAUUUCUAACAUUUUACAUGAUAAAAAGAAUGUAAAAUAUCUCACUAACCUUUUUGUUUGGCAUUAAU